GCGGACGUUCCUGUCGAUGUGACAGCGUAGCAUCUCGACUAUUUCGGAGCCCGCGGGCGCGCUGAGCUUGUGCACCGCGGGGCUGGAUUUUUUUACCCACAUCUUAGCACCCCAAACAACUGAUAGAAUCCCUGUAUUUAGGGUCUACGAUAGCCUAUUCUGGGGCGGUCUUGGCGGGGUAGGGAAAUACUCUUAUCUAGGCGCCAGAUUCCACCAGAAAGAAAAAAGGGAGUCACCUAAGGGACGAAAACUCGUAGACGUUGAACGCUCAGGUCCCCGUAUCACAAUCCAUAUCAACGAUCUCGUUUCUAUUUUUAUACGAGUCUCACUCUUUCUCAUUCCAGAACAAGUUAUUCAUUUGGAGCUAUCUAAUUGCAUAGAAUGGCAGAAACUCACGAGCUUUCGGGCUUACAGAAAGCCAAACUCUGGAUCAAGCUGCCUUUUGUCGGCAUUCCGGUUUUCCUUUACCUGGCCGUGAGGAAUACUUUCAUUGUUUUCAAGCGCGGCAUUACACCGGUUUUCCCCUGGGCUAUAACUGCGCUGUCACGUACACUAAUGACCGUAUUCACACCACUUGAACUACAAUUCCUCGCUCCUGAUCCUUUGUCCCUCUACACAUCUUGGAUUAAAACUACACGGAGAGAGGCAGCGAUUAGCGAAGACACAUUUUUAUUAUCGCGAAUUAAAGCUGAAGUAGAUACUCUCAUCGAUGAGCAAAAUCCUACUGAGGGCAUUAGCUUGUUUUGGGUUGGCGAUCGUCGCAAGGCUCAGAAAAUCGUUUUAUAUUUGCCCGGCGGUGGCUACGUUGUGCCUCCUAUGCACGGCCAUUUUUUCGCUGCACUUAACGCUUUCUUGGUCCCUGGGAGUAAAGUUGGAGUUGAGGUUGCAGUAGCAAUACUCCCCUACUCUUUGGCACCCGCAAGAAGAUACCCAGCUCAACUCCGCCAAGCAACCCUUGCCCUCAAGCGUUUCCUCGACUAUGGAUUCCAGCCCAGUGAUAUAAUUCUGGCAGGGGACUCCGCAGGCGGUGGCCUUGCGGCAAGCCUAAUAUUUCACCUAACCAAACCGAACCCGUCAAUUCCGUCUAUUGAACUGUCACAACCACUGGCUGCCACCCUUCUCUUUGGGCCCUGGCUGAGUGACAGAGUUGAUUAUGCGAGCUUCCGAGAAAAUCAGAACAUCGACGAGAUAUCUCCAGACAUUAUCAAUCGUUUCGCAGACGAAUGGUUACUUAAAUCUCUGGAGUAUAGCGAAAAUCCCAAACUACACAAGAGCUAUGCAUUUCCAAUGAGCGACAAUGAAGAUGCCCCCACACAAUUGCCUUUCGGUUUAUUGGCUCGAACAAUGAAAAACUUGGUCGUUAUCGUGGGGGCAAAUGAGGUUCUGAGAGAUCAAGGGGUCGAAUUUGUGAAUAUAGUGAAAAGUCACAAUCCUGGGAUGAAGAUUAAGCUGACAGUUGCUGAAAAUGAGGGACAUGUAUUCUGUAUGGCAGACGCCGAGCGGGGUAUCAUAGGGGAACCGCUAAAAAGGGUUCGAGAUCAGUUUGUGGAAGCCCUUGUAUCGUGAGCACCGCUCUAGGACUGCAGAAUAAUUCCCGAUGAAGUUAUACACAAAUCGACGAAUAGAAUACGAAUAUAAAUCUAGU